AGGAAAAUGGCGACGUAAACAAAGAAACGUGGUCAGAUUGUUGUUUUUAUGUGAAGUCCAGUUAGAAGCUGAUAAGUACUGUUUUAGGAAAAUGUCAUGCGGCCAUCAGACAUCAUCUCUAAAGACGUUUACCUUCCUCGACAUACCCAACGGUAAACGGAUAACAGUUUUGAUUCCGGAGAUACUGGAGGAGAGCUAUGGUAUGUACAUGUGGCCCUGUGCUCCUGUGUUGGCUCAGUAUGUUUGGUCUCAGAGGGAACGGAUCAAAGGAGCCUCUGUGUUAGAGAUAGGAUCUGGAACCGCUCUGCCUGGGAUAGUGGCAGCCAAAUGUGAUGCUCAGGUGAUCCUCAGUGAUAGUUCUGACCAGUGUUUGGACACCUGCCGCGCCUCUUGUAGGGCGAAUGCACUGUCUGAUGUGCCAGUCAUUGGCAUGACCUGGGGACUGUUUGAACAAAGCAUGUUGGACCUACCCAAGGUGGACUUCAUACUGGGUUCUGAUUGCUUCUAUGAUACCAAAGACUUUGAAGACAUCAUAGUGACUGUGGCUUUUCUGUUAAACAAAAACAAGAAAGCAGAAUUCUGGAGUGCUUAUCAACAACGAAGUUCUGAUAGGAGUAUAGAGUCUUUACUGAAGAAAUGGCAACUGACCUGUACUCAUGUGUCACUAUCAAUGUUUGGUGCCGACGUCCCAGAAUUGGCCGGGUCAGACUUAACAGGUAACCAUAGCAUACAACUGUUGGUCAUCACACGUGUUAAUCAAGAGACAGAAGACUGACCACUUACCAAUGAAACCACUGCACAGCUACUGGUCAUCUCAAGUAUUGGUCAAGAGACAGGUGGCUGACCAAUCACCAAUGGAACCACUGUACAGCUACUGGUCAUCACAAGUAUUGGUCAAGAGACAGAUGGCUGACCACUCACCAAUUGAACCACUAUACAGCUACUGGUCAUCACAAGUAUUAGUCAAGAGACAGAUGACUGACCACUCACCAAUAGAACCACUGUAUAGCUGCUUGUCACCACAAGUAUUGGUCAAGAGACAGAUGACUGACCACUCACCAAUGGAACCACUGUACAGCUACUGGUCAUCUCAAGUAUUUGUCAAGAGACAGACGGCUGACCACUCACCAAGGAAACCACAGAAAAUUGAAUUAUUUCAGACUUCAUUUUCUUGUGUAAUAUUAUUGGUAUUUGUUUUGAAAUUUUGAAUAGCAUCCUGCUUCAUGAUGUAAACAGCAUUAAGGUGUUAUUCAUACACCACCAAUAUGUGUAAUUAUAUAAAAAAAAAAAACGGCAAUCAUUAAUGCAAGUGAAAAAUAGUCUAAAGGUGAAGAGAAAUAAUCAUUUAUUUUUUUUAUGAGUGCAAACCGAUUUGAAUGUACAAUCCUCCACUGAAUCUACAGGUAGACAAUAAAGAAUCUCAUCACUUUGUUUAAAAUUUCUUUGUUAAACCCUCAAGGGACGAAAAGAUUCUACAUUAUAUUCAGUUACAUUGUAAUACAAGUGGUUAGGGAACCUGGGAUGGAUCAUUCACUGAAUAACAACACUUUGAAUUGUGGUCAUAGGUAUUGUAAAACUAGUCUGACCAUUCACUGGCUAGCUACACCUAAUAUUGUGGUCAUAGGUAAUGUAAAACUAGUCUGACCAUUCACUGGCUAGCUACACCUAAUAUUGUGGUCAUAGGUAAUGUAAAACUAGUCUGACCAUUCACUGGCUAGCUACACCUAAUAUUGUGGUCGUAGGUAAUGUAAAACUAGUCUGACCAUUCACUGGCUAGCUACACCUAAUAUUGCGGUCGUAGGUAAUGUGAAACUAGUCUGACCAUUCAGCAAGCAAAUACUGCAUACUGUAUCCUCAUUUCCUGGUCAUUAGAGGAAGAUUGAGAGCCAAUUAAAGUUAAUACAUGUACUCAGA